GGAAAAAAAUGGUCGGCGCCUGCGAACAGAUACGGAGGUGAGAGGUCAAGACUUUUCUGUUGUUAAUGAUUUCGCCGAUGCAUUCGGUUGAAAAGUGUAUUGUGAUGUGAUGCGUUUGUCGGUGAUAGAGGGAUGACUUAGGAUGUUUGGGAGAAUGUUAAGAGAAUAGGAUUACAGAGCAAGAAGAUGUGGCGGACUGCGGUUGUGCUGUGACGGCGCUUUGGGUUGGAGGGACAGAAGGAAAGGGAUAUAAAAGGAUGCUACGAAGACACAGAAGUGUUGGAUACAGCAUCAAGAACGUCCUCCUGAGCAUUUCCUUUACCAGAACAAGAAAGAAAAUUCGAACCCAGAAUUCUGAUAUUUAAACUCGAUACGGCAAACAUCCAUACCUUAACCAGACUUCCAGCUCCCUCAAACAUCGCUAUAAUGUCUGGCGGCCUCGUACUCAUCACAGGCGGCAGCGGCCUCAUUGGUAUCAAAACCAUUCACCUCGCCCUCGAAGCUGGAUAUUCCGUCCGCGCCGCAGUCCGCAGCCAAGCUAAAGCAGACUUGAUCCUCGCAACUCCCACCGUGAAGGCAAUCAACCCAGGCCCACGACUCACCUUCAUCACCGUCCCCGAUAUGCUAGCCGAUGGCGCCUACGACGAUGCAGUGAAAGGUGCUAAAUACAUCAUGCAUAUUGCAUCAGGGACCAUUCAUGGCGACGAUUCCGAGAGCGACUACGACGCCCAUUUCAUCCAGCCAGCUUUGAAGGGAACCCUUGGGAUCCUCGACUCUGCAUUCAACACAACAUCGGUGAAGCGGGUUGUCAUUACUUCUUCAGAGGUUGGGAUUAUCCCAUGGGAGGAGUUUAGCCAGAAAGAGGUUGAUACGGUAUUCGAUGAUACCUACGAAGCCGAAUACCCAGCUCCACCCUACCACCACCCAUUCGAAGCCUACGCGGCUGGCAAGAAGCGCGCUCUCGCUGCCGCAAAGGAUUUCGUGAAGGAGAAGAAGCCACUGUUUGAUAUUAUUCACAUCAUGCCCGCCUUCGUAGUCGGCGAGAACGAGCUCGUUACGGACCCAAAGCUCAUCGCCGAUGCCACCGUCCGCGCAGCAUUUGCACAAGUCCUCGGCGAAGAUUCUGGCUGGGGUGCGAUCCCCAGCACUUCGGUGCACGUGUGGGACGUCGCUAAUCUCCACGUCAAAGCACUUGAGCCCAAGAUCGAAGGGAAUCAGAGCUUCCUUGCCGUUUCGGAAGGCGCGAAAGGGACGGUCUGGAGUGAUGCUAUCGAGAUUGUGAAUCGCAACUUUCCUGAGGCGGUUAAGAAUGGGAUCUUGCCGAACACGGGGUCGACUCCGACGAAGAGGACAAAGGUUGAUGCGAGUCGGACGGAGAGGGUGUUUGGGGUAAAGUUCUUGUCGUAUGAGGAGCAGGUGAAGAGUGUAGUCACACAGUACCUCACUCUAUUGGGUCAGCCUAUUGCAUGA